CACAGUGUGUAAGCUGAGCUUUGUGUGCUAAGGAUCAGUUCAGUUGAUGUGUGGUCGUCCAUGUGUUGAACAGAGGGAAGAUGGGAGCUGACGGCAACUUGACAGAAACCAAUCUCGAAACCGCAAGUGACCUCUGACCCCAAGACACGAAACACGGUGUGAUGGAUGUUGAGGAUCCGUCUCCUUUGCAUCGUUUUGUUGUAGCGAAGCGUUCGAUCACCUCCAUCUUUGAUCAGCUGCUGGACUUUGUGAAGGACGGCUCUGCAUUUGUGGACGAGGCGUGGCGGAGCGCCGCCCUGGGCCAGGUGGCGGUGGAGGAGCAGAGCCUGGACAUGCAGAGCUGUGCCACCAAACUGUCGACCAUCAGGGACGUUCUGCUGCGGAGACACAUGAAGGUGGCGUUCUUUGGCAGAACUAGUAACGGGAAAAGCACCGUGAUCAACGCCAUGCUGAGAGACCGAGUGUUGCCCAGCGGCAUUGGUCACACCACCAACUGCUUCCUGAGGGUGGAAGGAACCGACGGGGACGAGGCUUACCUCAACACCGAGGCGUCCACUGAGAGGCGGAGCGUCACGACGGUCAACCAGCUCGCUCACGCUCUCCACAUGGAUCCAACCCUAGAUUCCGGCAGCCUCGUCAAAGUGUUCUGGCCUAAAAGUUGCUGCGCUCUGCUGAGAGACGACCUGGUGCUGAUGGACAGUCCUGGGACUGACGUGACUCUGGAGUUGGACAGCUGGAUCGAUAAGUUCUGUCUGGACGCCGACGUCUUUGUGCUCGUGGGAAACGCAGAGUCGACGCUGAUGAACACGGAGAAACUUUUCUUCCACAAAGUCAGUGAGAGAAUUUCCAAACCGAAUAUCUUCAUCCUGCACAACAGAUGGGACGCUUCAGUGACCGAACCCGAGUACAUGGAGGAGGUGAGGAAGCAGCACUUGGACCGCUGUGUGAGUUUCCUGGCUGAGGAGCUGAGGGUGGUUGGUCUGGACGAGGCUCCGGGGAGGAUCUUCUUCGUCUCAGCUAAAGAGGUCCUGAGCUCCAGGAUGCAGCGAGCGCAGGGCAUGCCUGAGACAGGUGGCGCUCUGGCUGAAGGUUUCCACGACAGACUGAGGGAGUUUCAAAGGUUUGAGAGGACGUUCGAGGAGUUCAUCUCUCAGUCUGCGGUGAAAACCAAGUUUGAGCAGCACACGGUGACAGCGUGGCAGAUCACUGAGGCCAUCAAAGCUGUGAUGGACGACAUCAACAUCGCCUCUGCUGACAGAAAGAUCUGCUGCCUGGAGGAGCGGGAGGAGCAGAGGGAUCGGCUGGACUUUGUCCGAGGACAGAUUAACCAUCUGAGCGACAACGUCAGAGACAAGAUCAAGACUCUGAGUGAUGAUGUCGCUGCCAAGGUGGCCUCAGCUCUCUCAGAUCAGACUUGUUCACUUCCUGUCCUGGUGGAGGAGUUCAGGUGCGACUUCAGUCCGACACAUGAGACUCUGCAGAUCUAUAAAACCAAGCUGCUGCAGCACGUGGAGGAGAGGCUGGUCGGCUGUUUGGCUCAUCGCUGCUCCACCGGCGUCCUCAGAGACAUCAGGGAUGCCCAGAGACACAUGAUCGACAGCGUCCGUCCUCUGCUGUCUCUGUCCGUCCAGGAGCAGCUCUUUGCUCCCUCCUCCUGCUUCGAGCUGACCUAUGACCUCGGCCUCUCCGUCCUCUGUGCAGAUUUUCAGGAGAACAUCGAGUUUCAGUUCUCUCUGGGCUGGACCGCCCUUGUCGCUCGCUUCAUCGGAGCCGCCAACGCCAAGCGAGCGCUGAGCGGCUGCGAGCCGCGGCCUCAGGAUGCCUCCAGCUUUAAGGAUGAGAUGGUGGUUUCCAUAGCAACAGGCCUUGUCUCUGUCACCUCCCGAGCAUCCAUGACAGUGCUGGUGAUCGGUGGAGUGGUGUGGCGUUCUGUGGGCUGGCGUCUCGUCGCUGUGUCUCUGUCUCUGUACGGUCUCCUGUACCUGUAUGAGAAACUGACCUGGACCAACUCCAGCAGGGAGCGUGUUCUGAAGCAGCAGUUUGUGGAACACGCCGCCCGCCGCCUCAGAACCGUCAUCCCCGUCACAAGCUCCGCCUGCAGCCAGCAAGUGUGCAAGGAACUGAUGGCGACGUUCAGCCGUUUGAGUCAGAGAGUCGAGCUGAGCGAAGCCGAGCUGGAGGGAAACGUCCGACAGCUGAGCCUCAGGAUCCAGAGGCUGGAGAACAUCCAGAGGAGGUCGAAGGCCUUCAGGAACAGAGCCACAGAGCUGGAGACUCAGCUGGAAUCCUUCUCUGUCCGCUACCUGCAGGGAAACUGAAGAAUCGCACCUGGACAAUGUUCUGCUGAUGAGCAGCGCCCCCUGGUGAUAGAAUCAGGACCAUCUGCUCAAACUGAGACGAGGAAGAUUCUCGUCCUGACGUCAGUGUGUCUCACAGAACCUGUGGUCAGACACUGUGUCUGCCUGUAGGGGGAGCACUAACCUGUUCUGUGACGUCACGUAAUGAACCACUUCACACUAUGUGACGCUGCUGCAUCCACAUAUUUUCAUAUAACAGUUUUAUCUCACAAAACUAGAAACUGUGUCAGUGAAACUCAAACGAGUUCAAGUCUUAAGUCAAAAUACACAAGCACACAAGUAAACACACACACACACACACAAAAACAGAAACAAAUAAACACGUGGAGGGUAAUAAGUAACUAAAACUGCAUGAAGCGAUGUAAAAUAAAAAGUAAGUACUUUAAUAUUGUAUCUGAUACAGUACUUGAGUAUAUAUACUUAGUUUUUCUCUGGUUGACAAAUAGACAAUUGUUGAUCAUGAACUCAGAGAACUGUAGUUACUCACGGUUAUGAGUCAUUGUUUUGCUUCUGAUGUUUGUUUUGAUCAGAACUUUAAUUUUUAAUAAUCACGAGUUUCACAUCUGAUACAAAAUAAAUCUUUGUUGUUGAUUUUAUUUAGUUGCAGUGUGACGUCCCAGCAGCUGAGUUCCAGGUCCAAGUCGCACAGGCCUGUCCCGUGGUUCUGUCCCCGUUUCCAGACGCUCACUCAUCCUGUCACCAAAUAGGUCCUUGGUUUUUAUUGAGUAGUGUCGUGUUCCUUUAUCCUUAGGUAGAGAGAAGAGUCGGUCUGGUUCAAAAAGUAUUUAUUUAGAAGCAAUGAACAGCUACUACAUAGCUAUGGGCACUCAACGUACAGCCCCAGGCCGCCUAAUACUGCCGGGGAAGUCAAGAGUCGCCCCGAACGGACGA